GUAUGUGGUUGACCUCUGAUGACGCGGAUACCCAGUGGACGAGAGGGGUUAGCGUACGUACUCGGCCACUCGUCCACGCGUCGGCGAGCCGGGCCACCCCGCCGCCGCGUGGCGCGGCGGGAUCACGAGCACGCGGCGGCCGGCGGCCGGCGCGAGGUUUAAAAGCAAUCAAGCAGCCUCUCGAUCCAGUGCACACAGGAGUAGUACACACAAACCCAAUUACUCCAAAGUCACACAGUCAUCUCGAUCCGCCGAUCAGUUCUGUCUGUGUUGAUCGAUCACCCGUCGGGAACACCGGCCAGAUCUCACAAUUGAUCAAGUUCGACCGCCGCCGGCCGCGCGCAGAUCAUAGUAGUCCACAGUAUAACGCGGGAGGGCAGGGGGCCAGCAUCAUGCCGUCGCUGAUGUCGCUGACGCCGUGGAGGAGGAAGAAGAGGGCGGCAGGGACGACGACGACGACUCCGGCGGUGGCGGUGCGGACGCGGCGGCGGGGCACCUCGUCGCUGGGGGCGCUGUGGCGGCGCCUGGUGCGGACGCUCACCUGCUCGCGCCGCCCACACUACUGAUGUGUAUCGGUAUCGAUCCAUCCAUCGAUCGAUAGCUCGUUGCAACAUUUGGCGUUGCCGCCCGGGUGCGUAGUAGCGAUCGAGCUGCAGACAGAUGCCGGAUAUCGAUCCAUGCAAUGCAAGCAAUUAAACUUGUGUUGUUGUCAUGUGUGUUUCAUUGUUAAUUUCUAGUGUUCAUAUACAGUCGUGUCACGUGAAACGGUUCUACUAUAUCGUAUCGACUACUUCGUUUAUAUAUACGAUAUAUCUAUUUUCACUUUGUUGGUAGUACGUACGUACCGUGCAAUUGUACUCCGCUAAUCUAUAUAUGUAUGUCUGAACUCGUGCCUUUAAUAUUUCGCAAAAGAUAUUAUACAUGUUGCUUCGA